CAGUCUCUCUAUCACUGCUGGCUUGGUUGCUCAGUCUACAGUCGGUGUCGUCUGGUUUGGAGCAGGUUGGAAGAUGGCUUUCAACGUGCAGCGUUUUCUGCUGGCCCUGCUUCUUCUGGGAGCUAACGUGUUCAUCAGCAUUUAUGCUCAAGAGGCGGAAGUUUCUGAAGCAUGGACCAAAAGGUCUUGCAAAUGUGACUGUGAAGGAGGAGAAGCCCCAACUGAGUUCUCCUCCAUUGGGACUGGCUCUUCCAUGGUGCGAGGAGUGGACUGCAUGCCAGAGUGUCCAUACCACAAGCCCCUGGGCUUUGAGGCUGGAUCAGUGAGUCCAGAGCAGAUAACCUGCUCCAACCAGGACCAGUACACCGGCUGGUUCUCCUCAUGGCUCCCGAGCAGGGCCCGGCUCAACGGUCAGGGUUUUGGGUGUGCCUGGCUGUCUAAGUUCCAGGACAGCAGUCAGUGGCUGCAGAUUGACCUGAACAAGGUGAUGGUGGUGUCAGGCAUCCUCACUCAGGGCCGCUGUGACGCUGAUGAGUGGAUCACAAAGUACAGCGUUCAGUACCGCACAGAUGAAACACUCAACUGGAUCUAUUACAAAGACCAGACUGGAAACAACAGGGUGUUUUAUGGAAAUUCUGACCGCUCCUCAUCUGUGCAGAACCUCCUGCGGCCACCGAUUGUGGCUCGCUACAUCCGCAUCCUUCCCCUCGGAUGGCACACACGCAUUGCUCUGCGCAUGGAGCUGCUGCUCUGCAUGAACAAAUGCAUCUGAACCUCUCCUCCCACCGUCCCCGAGGCCUUGCCCUAUAACUUAAUCUAUACCUAAAGCCUCAUUGUAAGAGUGCGUGGUCUGCUCUCACAUCCACAGAUUUGGCCCCCUCCAGCUACAUGUAUAAAACCACAAGCUGAGGAAAAUAUAUUCUGUUUAAAACCUUUUUAAAAUACCAACAAGACAUUUUGACUUGUGAUUGUGAUGUGAUUUCAUUAAAAUAUUUGUUUGAUAUGCUCAAUGAGCUUUCAUUCGCUCCACUCUCCAUUGUCUCUGUUUAACCAGUGUCACACUGGGGGCUUUAAUUUGGUGAGUUCUCAAUAGAUUAUUCCAUUUGCAAUGAAAUGGCAUAAAUUCAAAGCAAUAAUUAGGCAUUGAGAGGGUGCAGUAGCGUUGCUAUGGAGGUUGUAUCCACCGGUCUGAGUCAAGCUCUCAUCCUUCUGUGACAUGUGAAAUUAUGUCUUUUUCUCCCAAUAUUUAAUGGUAAAAAAGGGAAUUUACAGUUCUGCACCUCAGAAAGUCAGUCUGUCUUCCUUAAAGGAUAAAGCUGAUGAUAUUCUACAUUUUACAUCCUACUGUCAACAGAUCCAACGAAAAGACCAAAACCACCAAAUGAAUUGAGCCUAAAGACAAGUAUUGUUUGUGUGGCCAAAGCCUGAUAAAUCUUAUUCCUUUAUUUUUAAUAUAUUUAUUUUGAUUAUUAUUAUUAGAAUUGUGACUUUGUUACUAUGAACAUGGGCACUGUGGCUUAUUUUGAAUCAGUAACUGCUGCUCUAAAUACUUAAAAAUAGUCCCCAACAAAUACAUUUACUUUGAGUUUGAGUAAUGUUUACUAAAAACUACAGUGCCCAGUUGUUUUAGAAAAUUACUUUUUUAAAUAUAAAAGUAUAUAGUUGUGAUCCCCUUUUUUAAAAAAGAUUUUCGUCUUCAGUCUGCACGAUUGGUUUAAGGCUAACAGGACAAAGAAGCCAGAGAGUAUUGAGAAAAGAACUAACAUGUUGUUGAUUUUGGUCUUUUCAUUGUUUUGUUUUUUGAAAUAAGAAAAAUGCGCAAUAAUUCCCGACUUUUUCCUUAAAUAUGUGUUGGAUUUUAUUUCCUGUUUUCUCUUCUUUGUUUGUAAACACAUUCACUUUUUAUCUCAGGCACUUUUUUUUAAAAAUGUCACUUUUCAGUGCUAUAUAAAGAUCGAGGGAUGGACAAGUCACUAAUAUUCAGAUGUGGUUUUGUAUUGUGGUGAACUCCUGAUUUGUUUCUGUAACAUUUCAAUUCAAUGUCCCAUGGUGCUUUGGGAAUACAUUGCAGAGUGUUUUACUCUGAAUAUGUGUUCUUUAUUGUAUCUUUAAACUAUUUCCUUGAUUAAAUGAAUACGUAUAUCA